GGGUAAUUUUAACUGAGAGCAAGCGUUCGUAGGAGCAGCAGGCAGUGUGAAAUACGUUCUCAGGGCUCCCUGUACAUUUGUCAAAGCCAGCCUGGGCUUUUGGCUGGCAGCCCAACUUGGCUUUUUGUAAUCAAAGCAUGAUCACGGACUCCAUGCAGCUCGCUGUGCAAAAGCCUGCCUGAUGCCUCACUCGGCUAGCUCUCGUUUGGAAGGAGCCCAGUUUUCGCCGCUGACAUCCAAAAUGCACAGACCUAAUAAUUCACCUGAUGUCAUGUUUAAAAAGAAAGAACAGAAGGAUGCAGAACUGGAUAAGAAAAUUGAAGCUUUACGGAAAAAGAAUGAAGCGCUGAUGAAAAGAUACCAGGAAGUAGAAGAAGACAAGAAGAGAGCAGAAGAAGAGGGCAUGGCUUUCCUCAGCCGGAGAGCGAAAGCAGAGGACCUUACCAUUACAAUCAAGAAGUCCCCCAAUGAGGCCCGAGUUGUCACUAAAAAGCCUGGAUCCGGGAGUCCUCUGAGCCUUAGGGGAGGAGCAGAGCUGCCAGAAGGGGAUGUUGGGUUAACGUUUCAUGUGGGAAGGGGCAGAAGGAGGCAGCUGUUGGUGACAAUGGCCAACAAAAACAAGGGCAAAAGAAUUGUAAGUGAGAAAAUGUCGCAAAACAGGACCACCAACCCUGUUGGCCUGAAAGGCUUUUUUGAGGAAGAAGAGAACAAAGAGUCAGCUGGGACAGGAAGACAGAUCCCUUUCUCCAAGGCACUGGACAACAAGGUUAAGGAGGAAGAAAGACAGGAUUUUGAAAAUCUAAUUGAUGAGACUGAGUGGCUUGCAGAGUGUGACCCUUAUUUUCAGGAUGCUGUGAAGUAUGGACCAAAGGCCCAUGCAGACCUCGAUGUUCUAACAUUUAAGGAGGAGCAGAUGGAGUAUAUUCGCUGGAAGAAGGAACGAGAGCAGAUAGACAGAGAACGGGUGGCGCGGCACAAGAAUGCCAAGGGACAGUGGAGACGUGCUUGGGAUAUUGAUAAAACUGAGAACAUGUUUCGUGAAAAGUUUAUCAGUGAUGGUGAAUCUGGAAAUAGAAGUCAAAACAGAGUUGGAAGAAAUCCAAGGAAGUUUAAUCCAAGAUUAUCUGACCCUGAAACAAGAGGUUAUAUGCAUCGCAACAGAGAAAAGGCUUCCAAAAAUGUUCCAGUGGUAAGCAGCAAAGCAAAAGGCAAGGAUCGUCUGACAGGGAGAGCAAGAAGAUGGGAUGCCAAAGAAGAACACCUCCAGAGCAUUGAAAAGAGUUCUGAAGAUGUAUGUGAGGAUCAGGAGGCUUUGGGUAAUCCUGAAGUAGAUGAGCCUACACUCAACACAAAUGGCAAAGACUGGGAUGUUAAAAAUGAGCAAUUCCAGGAUUCAGACACAGCUACCAUGCAUGAUAUAGCCAAUGUCCAAGGUAUUGAAGAAAGUAAGAGAUGUGCAGUAGAGAAUUCUGAGACUGUUUGUUGUCAAGGUCAACAAGAAAUGAAUGUUGGUGUAGCUGGAGCUGCUCAUGGUGACAAAGUACUAGUUGAAGAUGUCAAAUCAAACAGACUGGUGGACGCUGAAGCAUUACCUCAGCGAGUAAAGGAAAACAAUAAAUCAGCCCAAGUCCUCAAGGAAAUCAAUGGUCCACCCCAUAAAACGGAUAGCACUUCUCCUCCAGAGACAGCCCUGUUGCAAACACUUAAAGAUGUUUCCUACAACAGAGAUGUGCACUCAGUGGCCGAAGGGCAUCAGACUUCACCGACUUUGACAUACAAUAAUAUCUCAGAAAAGACAGACAGUCAGCAACAAAGCUCGGUGGUUUCUAAGGACUUCCAAAAAGCUGCCACUGUUCAUUGUGUGAACCAAGCAGAUAAUUUACCGAGCAACAGAAGGUUGACUGAUGAGAUAAAAAAAGAGAAUGUAUUUUCUGAAGAUUCAGUUACUGACCUGGCAAAAACGAAGAGCACCUCUGAAACAGAAUGUCUUACCUCCGACUCAGGAAUGAAUUAUGGAAAUGUGAGUCGCUUGACUGUAGAAGACAAGGCAGAUAAACUUUCAGAUCAUUUUAAGAACAAUAACACAAGAAGCCCAGAGGAGAUUAUUGAUUCUAGUCUCUCUGUGAUGAGUCCUGACUCUGGAGCUUCUGUUUCAGCUUACAAGGCCACAACUGUCAAGGCCAAUGAAAAUGGGAAAAGUGUUUAGAACAAAAAGAAGGUUUUUACCAGUGAAAAGUUGGUAAAAUGAAGAAAACAAGAAACCAAAAAAGGCAAAAAACAUUCAUUAAUGGUUUACAAAUCUUUUUAUACUAUGUAUGCUUUUAGAUUCAAAUUUUUGGUUUUUGGCUUUUUGGAUGGCUGAAGACACUUAGAUGUGGCAGCACUUUAUUUUAUAUCAACUGAUAUUGUUUGAAUAAAUUAUUAUUUAAAGAUUGUUUAGUGCAUUCAACAAAUGAUUUAACAGUUGCUGCUUGAUUUGUGUGUAUAGUUAAAAAAAAACAUUGGAAGAAUUAAAUGUUAGUAGAAAAAUCUAAACUCAGCUAGAGGCUUCAUAUUUUUGUCAUAUUUUUAGAAGUGACAGAUGUCAUGGUUAAGCCUACGUCCUGACUUAUGGUCAUUAAAUAUGUCAUGGCACUAUUUGUAAUAGCAUGGGUGUUAACCUGAUUUGAACCUUGGGUUUGCACAAUCUCAUCUUCCUAAAGUUCCAGUUUAAUGCUCAACAUGCGUAACACUUUUUUACUUACUGGUCUGCUGUGUUAAAGGAGCUGCUGAUGUUUAAUGGGUGCUGCACAUCACCCAGGCGGGAACUGCAGUUCAGUAGCAGAUAAAGUGGAUCUCCACCUACUGUAUAGGUUAACCUCUUUGGGAAAUAUCAGAAUAAAAAAGUGAUGCAUAAAUGAAAUGUAAUUAUUAUGACAAAAGAGUGAACAUUAUUUCAGAGUUUUGUCCCCCAAACUUGCUGUGGAAUGCAAAACAGAGUGAAUCUCAUUGUAUCAUUCAAAUCACUGUUUUAAAUUUUUUUUGUUUUUUAAACAAUAAACGUUGUGCACUCCCAUUAUCCUUCAGUUGCACCAAAAUUGGGAAAACAUUUUCUUAUACAUAUCUGUAACUUUUUCACAGCCCUUCCACUUAAGAUGUAAAACAUUAAAUAUGUUACAUGAAACAUU